AUGACAUCGAGUCGUGACUUGGACGAGGGUCAAAAGCACGAUGAAGCUUUCAAGGAUCAGAUCUCCCCUACGUUCGACAGGAAGCGCAAUGCUUUCUCCGAACUCAUGUCGCCGAAACCCAAGCAGGCGAAACAAAUACAACCACAACAACACAACCAUCCAAGAGACGCACGUAAUGGCCUCUUGCCCUACAUCCUCAAUCCCACCAGCUUCUCCUCCGACAUCGUCAUCCAACACAAUGAGAAUACUGUGCUCAUCAGAGAUGCCUUCCCCAAAGCUACAGUCCACCUACUUCUCCUACCACGAGACUCAACCAAAUGGCACAUCAAUCCCCGAGAUGCCCUUGAUGAUGAGGUCUUCCUAGCCAUGGUCCAGAAGGAGGCAGCUGAAGCCCUGCAGUUGGCCGCAUCAGAGCUGUCAAGACUGAUCGGUCCUUACUCAGAAUCGUGCAAGGCUCGCAUAGCAGCAAUGGAGAGCGAUGAUCCUCCAGCCGAGCUCCCGGCGGGACGGGACUUCUCCCAAGAGUUCAAGGUGGGCGUUCAUGCACAUCCGUCUAUGAAUCAUCUCCACGUUCACAUCAUCAGCCGAGACAUGUAUUCGGAGCGGCUCAAGCACCAGAAACAUUACAACAGCUUCAACACCGAUUUCUUCAUCCCGCUUGGAGACUUCCCGCUGGCCAAGGGGGAUCCCCGGCGUCAGACCAGUUAUCAAAACGCCAAUUUGAAAAAGGAUUACAAGUGCUGGCGCUGCGGACGGAGUUUCGCGAACAAGUUUACCGCUCUCAAGGCGCAUCUCCAGGAGGAGUUCAUAGCUUGGAGGAAGGAGUGA